AUUGUACGACUUGUCCAGAAAAAACCCCCUAAAUGAGUUAUCUUUCGUGUUGGACUCUCUUGUUUAACCAUCAACAAUGUCGUUGGUCACCAAAACUGGCCUUCGAUGUUUUACACGACUGAUUCCACAGAUUGAAUCGAGGGGCUAUUCAACCAAAGACGACCUCCGCUCUGUUGUAGGACCCAACGUAAAACCUAUUGAUGAUAAAAGAGAGAUAAUGGUGCCGGAACAGACCGAUAUCUCCUGCCUGACUGGGGUACCUGAGGAACACAUCAAGACGCGUCGAGUCAAGAUAUACGUGCCCGCUAAGAACGCAAUGCAGUCGGGAGUGUUCGGAACAAGGCGAUGGAAGAUUGAUUUUGAUACUCGGGAAAGAUGGGAAAAUCCCUUGAUGGGAUGGGCCUCAAGCGCUGACCCACUUUCAAAUAUGGCGGUUGAGUUCAAAUCCCCGGAAGAUGCCAUGGAAUUCUGCGAAAAGAAUGGCUGGGAGUAUUACUUGGAGGAGAAGAAAGAGCCCAAAUUUAAACCGAAAUCUUACGGUGCCAACUUUAGCUGGAACAAGAAAACUAGAGUGUCUACCAAGUAGUGUAACAGAGACUCAAAGUGUUUCCAUUUAUAUUAAACUGUAAAUAUUGGAUAUUAAAUUUUCAAAGAUACUUACA